AUGUCUUCAAGACAAUCUCUACUCUCUGUUCAUCAAGGUGAUGUGCCUGCUCCUGCUGAGAGUGAACCGCUCCUCGGCAGGCCUGGCGCAGCAACCCAAAAACCUGGCGCGCCGCUGGUCAAGAACCUCUGGCUAGGAACGGGCUGGAUUGCGCAAAUCGGCGCCCUUAUCCUCGUCUUGACAGUCUGGAUCAACACCUUCAUUCAUCCAACCUUCCCGCUGGUUUCCCCCCAUCCUCUUCUCCAAUCUCUCGGCGUCUACGCGCUUCUUCAAUCCAUCCUCAUCCUCCAACCAACCACAACCCCCGAAACAAAACUCUCCGGCGCUCGCGCGCACGCCUGCCUCCACAUCCUCUCCUUUCUCUUCUUCCUCACCGGCACCAUCAUCAUCCAAGUCAACAAGCACGUCAACCACCUGGCCCACUUCCACUCGCUCCAUGGUUACCUGGGCGUUCUGACGACUCUUCUCCUCCUCGCCCAGUACCUCUUUGGCCUGUCCAUCUGGGUGGUCCCGCAAGUCUGGGGCGGGCUGGAGAACGCUAAAAGCCUGUGGAAGUACCACCGGAUGGUGGGAUAUGCAGCGCUGCUGCUGUUGCUUCUAAGCGUGGCAGCCGCAGCGCGGACAGAUUAUAAUAAAGGAGUGCUGAAGGUGAAGAUGUGGAGUGUCUUGCUGGCGGAGGCAUUAAUUGUGAUUGGGACUGUGCCCAGGGUGCAUGCGACGGCAAAGUGUCAACAAGACAAGGCACCUGAGCGUUAA